AUGCGAAAUGCUCCUCCACCCAGUAACUACAGCCUGCAAUGCGUAGGACAACGACAUAUACCUGGAGAGGGUCUGUGCUAUGUAUUCAAGGAUGGUAGCACUUGCCCAACAAUCAUCGAUGGAGAACCAGUAAAUCCGCUCUGGGGAACAACCAAGGCAGGCAAGGCUCGAAAAAGACUUGCCCAGGCGUGCUUAAAUUGUCGUGAAAAGAAGAUCAAAUGUGAACCUGGAGAGAAAAGCUGCCUUCAAUGUGAGAAGGCCAAGCGAGAAUGCCACAGGUUUGCAUCUCCGAGAUCAGUCGCCAACUGUCUACUAAGGAACGAAAGCAGGCCGCCAGUCGCACAAUCACAGGUCGAGCUUGACAGCAAAAGAGUAGACCUCGAUGAUGUGAUGAAUCCCGUUCCUCGAUCCGAAAAACUGGAGCCCUCGUCUUGGGACCAAGAUCCAUAUCUGUACGACCCUGAAGCCACCAUGCGCUUCCUGGAACUCUUUUUUGCGCAAUCCGCUCGUGAGGUUAGCAUAAUGUUUCCUCGCGAUGCUUUCACUCGCUGGGUACGACAAUGUCGCGAAAAGUGUCAGAGAGAAUGUAUGGUGUUAUAUGCCGUUCUUGCUUUGGGUUCCAUUUUUGCCCAGAAUGAGUUUCACUCAUUUGCCAAAAUAUGUGUGGAUAGAGCUGGUCAAGCAGUGUCCCGCAUUGACGGAAAGUUCAGCUUAACAUUGAUACAAGCUCGACUGCUUGUAGCUGGAUACAAUCAUCUUAUCGGCAAGGACAGUACAGGCUGGGAUUUGAGCGGUUCUGCUCUGAGAGUCAUCAGCGCAAUGCGAUUGAACAACGAAGAGGGAUGUGGAGAAGAUCUGGACGAGUUCACGCGACGAUACUAUAGCUUUUCGAGUGAGCAACUCAGGGAGUGCCGUAGGCGGACCUUUUGGACUGCUUUCCUUGUGGAUCGAUAUCAUGGCUUCUGUGGAGGAUUACUUUGCGCUAUACAACUUGAGGACAUUCGGCUUCGACUUCCCUGCAACGAACAGAUCUACGAAGAAGGGCUGGCUUCCGAUGCACCAGUCUUUGACUGUUUCCAGCCAGGCAUGGGACUGCAGUCGUUGGAUCCAAAAUCAAGCACACCAAGUCCUGCGGCACACAUCAUGAUCAUAGCUUCUCUCUGGACGGAUGUGACUAAACUAAUCUUCCGCCGACCUCGACAGACUGUAGAUUCGGGAUCAUACCUCAAAAGCCAUGAAUCAUUACUGGGAGAUAUCCAGGCCAAGCUCUUUGACUGGAAAUCAUCACUACCCCUUCACCUGCAAUACAGUCGGCAAAGACUUGUCGAGGCGACUCGUCAUGGAUACGCUGGUAGUCUUAUUGCCAUGCAUGCUUUAUAUCAUGCAGCACGAAAUGCACACCACGAGCUUUUAUCGCCUCAAACGACAUCGCGGCAGAUCAGAAUUGCACAUACCAACGCCAUUCAACUGCUCGAGAUGGUCUGUGAUAUACGAAGCACGAAACCUCACGGAUCAGGCAAAGGCCAGGAUCCGAUCAAUUUGCUAUCGCCUUUCUUCGCAUAUGGCAUAACCGCAGCUAUUGACACACUUAGUGCUGGAGGCCUGAGAGAAGAACUUGGACACACCAUGAAGCUUAUCAACGACAGCAUAGCCACCUUACACAAUCUUGGACAAUUUUGUGCCAGCGCAAAAACUCAGGCUAAACAGGCUAGCAAAAGGAUGGCACUCAUUGAGGUUCGGGCAGCUGAGAGCUUCAAGGCAACAGCAGUGGUAACAGCUCCCCGGGCAACCAACGGAGGUGAGACUGAGAAUUGUUGGAGGAUCAGCGAACCGAUGGAGCAGGUUCUCACGUUGCAGCAAGAUGUAUGCUAUGGAACUUCUCCUGCCAUUUACUUCAAGGCGCUGAGAGAAGGACGUUGA